AUGGGCCUAGCUAGCUCUCGACAUCGGAGAGCGUCAGAUGGAGGCAGUGCCUCGAGUAGAAAGUUGAAAGAAAGACCCUCAACUGAUGUCACAAAUGUGGACAGGGAUUUCAGCAAAUCACAAUCGAUGCCAAUGUUGGAUCGAGAACGGAAAGGCACGAUAACGCCAGCAAAUGGUAUUACGAAGCCUGGCAAAGUCGGCGGAACAAGCGUAAGGAGAUCGGAAUCUGCAAUCAAAAGGAACGACUCAUUAGCUCCUAAAACAAGACCGCCAUUAAGACGGCAAUCAACUAGCAACAAAAUGCAAAGUAACGGCUAUCCACGACAAAAGUCAAUACGACGAGACAUUUCACAUCCAAUCGCGGCUUCGGGACGUGAAAUCAUUGUACAAUGUUUCGACAAUCCACACUCCGAAUUUGGAAAUAAGUCAACUUCA